GCAUUGGCUAAACAUCAAGAGAGAUUCAAGGAGGACCCAAAGGUGCAGAGGUAGAAGGAAACCCUAAAAGAAGUUGCUAGUUUGGCUGGAGAACAUUUGGAAGACGGGUACUUCUUAACUAUUUUGUUCAUUGAGAAUAAAGUUUUUCUCCAAACAAAAUUGUUUAUUUAUUUAAAAAAUUAUCAUGUGUUUUUUGAUCAUGCAUAUACUUUUUGAACGCCAGGUCAAUUUUUUAACUUAGUCUAUUAAAAAAAUAUUAUGCUCAAUAUAACAAUUGUCAUUUUUAUAGAUCUAUUACAGGAGAUUUCCUCCGAUUCACUUUGAAGAAAAACUCUAGAUAAAAAUCCAAUGUAUACAUAAUUACAUACAUCUAUACCUAUUUUUGUUAUUGUAUUUCUCAUUUAAUAUUAACGGGACAUGGGCCCUAUAAUCACAGUGGACUUUACUGGGCCCAAUAUAAUUGGGCUAGCAAUCAAUUUCCCCCGCAUCAAAGAUAAAGGUUAGGGACAUUAAAGAAAAUUAUAUAAACCAUUAUAUAAAUUUAUGUGAGAUAUUUAAAUUUUAAAUUUAUUUUUAUUAUAAAAUACAUUUAAUUUUCCCAAAAAAUUCAUUUAUAUAAGACCAUGUUUGGCAAUCAAAAUAGUUUCAUUUCUAAACAUACAUAUAUCAAUAUUAUUUUAAAGCAUUUAAAACUCAAGAAACCACCUUAAAAAUAGUUUUUAAAUUUUUUUAAUAAGAAAAUAAUUAAAAACAAAACAUUUUCAUAAGAAAUUCACCCCAUAGGGUGGCUAGACACCACGUCGACAAGGGUAAUUUUCUGACGACCAGCAGUGUAGCCAGUAUUGUUUGUACAGUAGAGUAUGGUUCUCUCUUUGAAAAAGCUAUUUAACUAAUAAAAAAUUUAUUUAUAAUUAUAUCAUCUCUGAAAGACUUCUUCAAAAUAUUUUCACAUCCAAACAAACUUUUAUGAUAGGUCAUACAACUUUUUACAACUAUUUCACAAACAGUAUUAGUCUUAAACUAUACAUCCAAACAAGUCCUUAAGCUCUUUGAUGGAAUGAAUUAAUAUUAGACUAGCACAUUUAUGUAUGUCGCUAUAGAAUUUUAAAAAUGGCUCCUAAUUUCUUACAAAUUUUAAUAGAUUGUCAAAUUGCAAGCCAUGCUAGCUAGGCUUGUAGCAGAUGAUCAGAUAUUACAACUUAAGCUUUUCAUUUCACAAAUAGGAAGUUCCAAAAUCCAUUAUUUUCUACGCAUCUACAUGCCAGGAGAAGCAAUAAUUGAAUUGACAAAAAAAAAAAAAAAAAAAAAAAAGAAGAAGAAGAAACAACUAUAUCAUGUUUUUAAUGUAAAACCCUACAGACAAACAAGCACAUACACAUGCACAUUUAUUCCAUCAGCCACCACAGGUGCCAUAGACUGAUCUCCAUGAAUCAACCUGCUUUCCUCCUUGUUUAUUGUCCAUGCCUUUGAUAAACCUGGUAAUAUUGUUGUUAUGUUUCUAUGCAUUGGUUUGAUUCCUGCUUUGGGUAGGUUAUGUAUCUCUACAUGAUUUCUUGUGCUGCUAUGAACAGCUGUAUUAACUUUUAUAGUUCUUUAUUUUUGUGGCAGUCAUGGCCACUGUAAUUUGGUGUUGCAAAUUUGUAGCGAAACCUGUUUUCUUUUUCUUUUUUUCUUUUUUUCUUUAGGUAUUGUGGCUCGAUGGUGUCUUUUUGUUUUCAUUUUUAAUGGUUUCGUACUAAUUUAAUUGGUAUUGAGUAAGAAAAUCUAAAAAUUAAGAACUAGACCAUGUGGAAGUGAUAUUUUAUAUCAGUUUGUAACACCCCGUUCCUGGAGGUCCGGAGAGUUAGCUCUUAUUUCUUAAUAUCAACUUCAAUAUCACAACUAUAAAAUCCAGAAAACUCCAUAAAAUAUUAAUUUAUUCACUCAACCCAAAUAUACAUGUUCCUUCAUAGGGACAACAAAGAAAUUCUCAAUAACAUAAAUUAAAAUCUCCCCAAAAACUUUAAAAUAUCCUUAACUCAUCAAAUCAAAAUAAUCUAAAAUAAAUCAAUUUACUAACUACGACUCUUAGAUAAGUACUUGUACCCUUAGGCACUUAUUCCACUAUGAUCAUCACAACUUGUUAAAACUUCAUACUCUUAUUCUCCAGCUGAACCAUCAAAAUUAUCUGAAAAAUAUUUGUAGAUAAGGGGUGAGUUAUCAACAACUCAGUAAGUAGAGAACAUAUACUAGUGUGCAAACAUGAGCAUUUACAUAGCUCAAAAUGCAGAAAAAAAUGGUUUUACUUUCAGAAUGCAGAAUCAGAACAUGUUAUCAAAAAUAUCAGAGCGAAAGUUUCAGAAAAAAAAAUUCUUAUUCAAAGUUCUUUUGGCACAACUUAAUUGAAACAUCACAUUAGAACAGAACUUCAUGUUUAACCCUCAUGGUAGGGUUGUGCAAACCCCGACGACCAAUCGAGUAGAAACAGAAUGUGAAUCUUCUCCUUAUUAUUCUCGGAGUCCCGAGUGUGCACAUUGGAAAGACCACGUAGGAAAACACUUUGCUUCCAAAAGUGGGUGCACUAGAAACAGAAAAGUUGGUACCAACCCGAACAGAGGCCACAGUUAUACACCCAUAGUAGGAUCAGAACAGAACAGAACAGAAACAGAAACAGAAUGUCAUACUAGAGGUUUUCAGAAAUCACAUUAUAUCAUAUUAGAAUGCAAAAAAUUUUCAAAACAUAACAGAAUUAGAUUACAAAAAUAUAAUUUAUGCACAAAAUUUCAUAUUUGUUCUCUUUUGCACAAUUCAGAAAUAAAAUGUCAAAAUAGCUCAUGUCUACACCAGUUAUGCCAGAAAAGUACUUUAUUUUUAUACAAAUUUUUAUGAGUAAUGUAAAACAACUAACUGAAGUGUUUCAAAAUUAUUUUCAUAACAAAACAUGCAUACUUUUCCAAAAUCAACAUCAGUUCAUUUCUUUUAUGUAAAGUCUAACAUAAGAACCCCGCUUACCUGAACUUCUUAGCUUAUCCAAAAUUCCUCACAACAGUGCUCAAUGAAUGAUCAAUUGUCAUCUAUAGAAAAUCAUAUAACUGAAAUAAAUCUCUAGUUGAACACGUAACUUGUAAUCUCACCCGAAAAAUUGAAAUCGCCUAUUUUAAUUUCUCAAAAACUUAAAUUUUCCCUUAACCUAAAAAUAUCGUCACUUCCCAAAAUUCCUCAAUAUCACUUAAUCUAUUACUAAAGUAUUAAAUUCCAACUCACCUACUAUAGAGGUCUAAAUAUAAAAUAUCAAAAUUAUUACAAGUAGAAAAGUAGAAAAUCAUAAUUUUGGUCAAAUUAAAAAGAUUCUUUUAAAAAGGAUUCAAAAUAAAAAUUUGUACUUACUGUUUACUUAAAAAAAAUCAUAUUUUAAAAUAUAUAUUACUAAAUAAUAUAAUUCAACUCUAAAUUCUUUAGGUCAUAAUACCAACUGCAAUUUGAAAACCUUAACUAUUUUCUGUUAAGCAAACCUUUUGGAUAAAUAAGAGUGAGCCAAAAACCACAUAAAAUAACUAGUAACUCGAGUCCAAUUUUAAUUGGUCAUACAAUAAUUGAUACAUUGGCACACCAAUUUGUAACUAGUGAAACUCUUUAUCUCUUUAUGUGAAAUAUGUUAGUACUCUUUGAAUUUUCUUUUUCCUUGUAUUGGCAGGAAUGAAUCUGAAUUUAUCCAUAAAAUCGUUCAAUGGGUGGAUUCAAAAAUGGUUAGAUCUACAUACGGCCAGCUAAACAUUGCUAAGUAUCCAAUUGGACUAGAUUCUCGUGUAGAAGACUUGAAUACUCUUUUAAGAAUUGGAAUGAAUGAUAUUACUCUCAUGAUAGGGAUCUAUGGAAUUGGUGGAAUUGGUAAAACAACUAUAGCCAAAGCAGUCUAUAACUCAAUUGCGCAUCAAUUUGAAGCUAGAUGUUUUCUAGCAAAUGUUAGAGAAAUUUCAUGUCAAGGGGAUGGUCUAGUCAAACAGCAAGAGAGACUUCUUUAUGCGCUCUUAGGAAACUCUAGAAGUCUUAAUGUUGGCAGUGUUGAAAGUAUUAAUGCCAUAAAGCGUAGCCUUUGCUCUAAACAGGUUCUUUUAAUUCUUGAUGAUGUGAGUGAGUUGCUCCAAUUAAACGAAUUAGCUGGAGAUCAUAAUUGGUUCGGUCCAGGAAGCAGAAUAAUAAUAACAACAAGAGAUCAACAUCUUUUAACUUAUCAUAAGGUUGACUCAAUGUAUGAAGUGCGGGGAUUGGACAACUGCCAAGCUAUUCGGCUAUUUAGUUGGCACGCAUUUAAAAAAGAAGAGCCAAUUGAAAGUUAUGUGAAAUUCACACAAUGUAUAAUAGGUUAUGCUAAGGGCCUUCCACUAGCUCUUGAAGUGCUUGGUUCAUAUUUGUAUGGUAGAAAUUUACAAGAAUGGGAAAGUGCAUUGAAAAAGUAUCGAAGAAAUCCUCACAAGCAUAUUUAUGAAGUACUUAGAAUAAGCUAUGAUGGGUUGGAUGAUAAUGAGAAAGAUAUUUUCCUUGACAUUGCAUGUUUCUUUAAGGGGAGGCAUUUACAAUAUGUCACGGAAAUACUAGACUCUUGUGGUUUUUCAGCAAUUAUUGGCAUCACAAGGCUUAGAGAUAAGUGUCUCAUAAAUAUUAGCGGAUUUUUUGAGGGUGUGGAGAUGCAUGACUUACUGCAAGAAAUGGGUAAAGAAAUCGUUCGACAAGAAUCUCCUAAAGAAGUUGGCAAACGUAGUAGAUUGUGGCUUCAUAAAGAUGUUCGUCAUGUAUUAGAAGAAAAUACGGGAACAAACAAAAUUGAAGGGAUUUUGUUAGAUUUUCCUAGCGGCCAUGACACAAUAUGCUUGCAUUCAAAGGCAUUUAUGAAGAUGAAGAGGCUUCGAUUGUUUUUAAAUCAUAAUGCACAAUUUUCUGGAGGGCCUAAUUAUCUCUCCAACGAGUUAAGAGUGCUUAAUUGGCCUAAAUAUCCUUCGUCAUUUUUGCCAUCUAAUUUUCAUGGAAAUAAGCUUACUAUAUUGAGAAUGAGUGAUAGCCUCGUCAAGGAGUUACACGGCCUACAACACAAGAACUUGAUACAUAUGGAUUUAUCUCAUUGUAAGUUCUUAAGAAAAAUUCCCGAUCUUUCAAGUAGCUCAAAUUUAAAGAGGUUAGAUCUCCAACGAUGUGAGAAUUUAGUUGAGAUUCAUCAUUCCAUUGGAUUCCUUGAUAAGCUUUCAGUUUUACUUGUUAAUGAAUGCUGCAAGCUUAGGAUUUUUCCAAAAAUAUUCAAGUUGAGAUCUCUAAGUUCGCUUGAACUUUAUGGUUGCUCGAGUCUUGAGGACUUUCCCAAGAUUGAGUGUGAAAUGGUAUUUUUAAAGAGUUUAUCUCUUGGCGGCACUAGCAUAAAAGAACUACCUUCAUCAAUUGGGAACCUCACUAAACUUCUAUUGUUAAAUCUAAACAACGUUGGUAUAAAAGACCUACCUUCAUCAAUUGGAAACCUCACCAAACUUCAAGAGCUAUAUCUAAAUGACACUGGUAUAAAAGAGCUACCUUCAUCCAUUGGGAACCUCACUAGACUUCGAAAGUUAAAUCUAAACAACGUUGGUUUAAAAGAGCUACCUUCCUCUAUUGGUAACCUUACUUGGCUUCGAGAAUUAUAUGCAAGAGGCUGCAAAAACCUUGUGCAUCUCCCAUCUAGCAUUUUUCAGUUGCAUUCUCUAUGUCGUUUCAAACUCGACAGUUGUUCACAACCAAUAAACAUUGAAAUGGUGGAGGAGGAGGAGGAUGGUACACAAUCCAUACCAUCUAUUGUGUCUACAGGUGAACAUGAAAUUGCAUCAACUACUGCAAAAUUGGCUCCGAUAUUGUGCGUUCCGAAAUCGCUAGGUUUAAGUCUUCAAUUUUGUUGCCUGUCAGAAUCAAAUUUCUUCACAAAUGCUAAAUACUUUACCAAUUUGGGUAAGUUAGAUCUAAGUGGGAGUGAUAUUGUUAUCUUUCCUCCAAGCGCCAGAUUUGAUGGGUUGGAACACCUUUGUUUGAACAAUUGCAAGCAACUUAAAGAAAUUCUUUCUCUUCCAUUGAGUAUAAAAAAGGUUGAAGCUCAUGGAUGCACCUCAUUGGAAAGUUUUGCAAAACUAUCUAAAAUAUUUUUUAGUGGACACCUAAAGAUUGACUUGUAUGGAUGCCAUAAACUGCUUGUGAAUAUGAGGCUUCCUUCAUGGGAAGAGAGACAUUCAAAGAAAAAAUGUCUGGAAAAAGAUGUGGAAGACCUAAAUGAUAGAAGAACUAUGAGAAGGGACAUUAUAUUUCCAGGAAAGCGGAUUCCAAGCUGGUUUAGCUAUCGCAAGGAGGCUCAUGAUAGUCCUUGCUAUAAAAUAGAUAUUAAUGGGAGCCAUUAUUCGAAUGACAUAGAAGAAAUUGUUUUCUGUGUUGUUUUUGGAUUUAGAUUUGGGAUCAACACAGAAAUGAAGGAGAUCAAUGGAAUUCGUGUUAGAUUCGAUGAUGGACAGAAUUAUGAUCAAAGGAAUUCGAAAUACUUAUAUUCUAAAGCUAUAAUAUUUGAUUGGAUGGACUCAGACCAUGUAUGGAUGGGACGCUAUCGGCCGACUUACGAUGAAGCACACAUCUCAAGUUUUAGAUUUGAAUGUUAUUCAACUCUCCUGUUCUUUAGAAGUGUUGGGGUCCAUUUCCUAAAGAAGCAUGAAGAGAAGACAAGAGAUCAUAUAGGUGAAGACGAUGUUGGUGCCUAUUUUAAUGCAUUCUGGGAAGAAUGUGAUUUUGUGUAUGGUUGUCACCUUGGUAAGAGGCAUCGUGAUGAAUAUGAUGGCAACAUGGGGGACCCAAUUGGUACCCUCAACAAAAGAGGCAGUAUUUCUCAAACAUGGGCAUCAAAAGAAUCACAAAAUUAUAGUAAAUAAUUCAACUUUUGAAAGUGCAUCAGUUUCAAUUGUUGAAGAUGCAACAAUUUCCCAUCUCUACCGCUGCUUCUGAGUUGGCAUUCAAUAUUAAGGGUUGUGUGUUAGAUUCAUUUUGAAGCUCCUUUGCCCCAAAAAUAGUUGAAGCUGUUAUUUGCACACAAAAUUAGUUGAAAACUCCCUCCAUUAUUCAUGACUCCCAAGACUUAAUGGAAGAUGCCGAAAGCUAUACGUUGGAAUAUGGCCAGAUAACUUUGAAUAUGGAUGGUUGAAGAAUACGAGGUUUUGUAAAUUCUUGAUCAAAUGGGGGAUAUGAUUCAAUUCCAGUAGAGGUUCCUAACCCAAAAGCCAAAAAGAAGCCUGAUCAUUGGGAUGAAGAAUAGGAUGGAAUAUGGAAACCUCUAAGGUACCUAAUCCACAUAUAAAGGACCAUGGAAUAUGGAAACCCUCCAAGAAAAUUAAAGGGAAAUGGAAGACUCCUUGGAUUGAUAAUGAUGGUAUCAUUCUUGUAGCAGAUAUAAGAACCAUUGAAGGACCCACAAUCACUGAUAAGAACUGUGAAAAGAUUCAUUGUAUGGUACUAAACAUAUAUUGUUGUGGAGCAAGAACUGCUGCCGAUACAGAGUCUGUAAUAGGUAUUUGUUAGGUCUGAGUUUAAGGUGAUGGUGUUGCACUCUUUAUCAUCUUCUUUGAAGAAUGGAUAAUGCAAUGUCUUGGUGUUUGCUUUCUUUCAACAAGGUCAGCUCACAGCUGCAACUGCAUCGCUACUAUACUGGUCAAGAAUCAAGGUUUUCAUAGCACUGACCCUACUGAAGAAUCACCUUUCCAAGUGAAGUUUCAUUUGUUAGAAACCAAGAAAAGAAAGUUGCAUUUGACUUGAUGUUACUAGACCUCAUUUGCAUAUUGUGAGUCUAUUUUCAAGAUUUAAAUUCGAAAAUAAGUGUUUUUUCGGCUUACAUAUUUGGUGGUGUGUCACACCCUCUUACAGAAACUAUUUACUAUUUUUGUAAUUGUUUUGCAGAGGAAGAAUAACCAAAUGUAUGAAGUUAAUGAGUUUUAUUAUUAGGAGAAAUGAUUAAGUGAGAUAUUAUAAUCUUAGAAUAUAUCUCAUUUUUGCAUACAUACUUUUUACACUUUUUACAGGACAUUUUUGUAAGUUAACUCCUAACUUACUCUCAGUAUUUUAAGUAUGUCUCAUGAUAAGAGUGUUAUUGUUUA